CGCUUGGCGCUCGCUCGGCUUCGCCCUCCACCCCCCUCGCCCCCCGCCCGAUCGCCGCGUCCCCUCGCCGCCGGUGAUCGCCGGGGCGCCGCCGCGGCCGCGCGCUGGUGGUUCCCGCUCCCUCCUCGGUGUCCUCCUUUCUCCCGCGUCCGGCCCGCCGGUCUCGCGCCCUCCUGCGCGGGGGCCCCUCUCGCCGCGGAAUUUGGCAUGUGACGCGGGGGGCGAGGGCGAGGAUGCGGAUGCGGCGGCGGAGGAUGCGGAUGCGGCGGCGGCGUUGCGGGGUUGAUUGAUUGAUUGGAUUUCGAGAUUGAUUUGUCCAGAUUUUUUUUGAGAUUUUUCGAGGGAAGCGCGUGCUUCAGGAAUUCGGUUGCUCCAGCCUCAGAGAAAAUGCGAGACUCAUGCAUCAUAGUGGGACUUGGGGGCACAGAAAGCUAAUACAAGAGGAUAGAUUGGGUUGCAUUUCAAAAUGGUUUGCAUGCCGGGGCAUUUUAAAAUGGCUUCUGUGCUGAAGCUUGUAAUGACAGAAAAUCACACAGCACCAGAUGAUGUGAUGCAUGAGAUGACUGCGGCACAGGUCCUGCAAAAGCAACUGUUUGAUGCACACGAACCAAAUUUACUAGAUGAAAAUGAUAUGCAUAUAUUUGGAUCAAAACCUAUGGCUGAUCCUUUGGACCUGGUCUGCUGUAGUACUUGCAAGAAGCCAGUCAAGGCUAGCCAAUAUGCAGUUCAUACAGAGCGAUGUAGUUCAGGGAAGGUAAAUACAAAUGAUUCAAUGGGUGUUGAUCAUGAAAGUCCUACAAAGCCCCGAAAGAAGGGCAGAAAAAUAAAAGUGAUAAGUAAUGGAAAUCAAAAAGUACACAUAAAAGUGAAAGCAAAAUUUCAACCUGAAAGCAAGAACGGUGCCAAUACUUUCGAGUUGGACAAUGGACGUGCCAGUAAAGUACAGCCUAUAGAUUCCACAGAUGCGCCAGUUCCUCUCGCAACAAAAAUGUAUCAUUCACAGGGUAACUACCGUCUUCGAUUGGAGCUUGGUCAGCUGUAUCGCGAAUCAUGUAUGGAGCAUUUGAGCAGCCACACAACUUUAAACUUGUCACAUGGAAAUGGAUUAAUGGCGUCACAGUUUACGCCAUGUGACAAUUCAUCAUUACCUGCUUCUCAGAAGAACCUUGUUCCUCAAACAAAGCUUAUUGCAAGCACAUCUGAAUCAUGCUCAGGAAUUCCUCAGCAAUUAUCAGCAAGCAUGCCUAACCACUCACUAAUAACCAAAACUGAGAGAGCAGAUACACAAGCAUCUACGGUUAGCAAUGAAGGUUCACGAUCCAGAUGCAACAAAGCUGCUGUUCCCCAUUCGAGAAACAAAGGCAGCAAGAAGGCGCAGCAGCAAGCUAAUGGACAUGUUCAUGUGAUCAAGUCCUCAGUAGAGUAAUAAUAAGCUUAUUAGCCCAUUGGUAAUUUAUUGGUCUAGUGGUAGUAUCACCGGUGAAGAGUCUUUUCUUUGUUCCUUUUUCAAAAAUUGGUUCUUAUCAGGAUGGUUUUGAAUUGGACGGCCCGGAUUUGGGAUCAUUUUGGUUCGUCGACUCUUGGUAUAAGAAGCUAACCUUCUAGUUCUAGCACUGAUGAUGGAGUCUACCUAUUUAGCUGUAAAUAUGGCCUCAAAGGCCUUCUCUUCUACCUGCCUCACUUGCUGCGGAAGAUUGUGAAACAGAUGAACAAUUUUAAUAUAGCCCUCAUCUUCUCA